ACGGGCGGAAUCUUCGGGUCGGAGUAACGACGACAAUGGUCGGACGAAUUGUCUAAGAAUGUAAUAAUGCACAGUCUGGAUGCAUCGGAUGCAUGAAAGUGACUAUGUGACGUCAUUAAUGGUCUUCAUUCUUCAUGGUCAGUUUUCUUUCUUAUGCGUCUCUGGAGGUUCGAGUUUUCUGGAGUCUUCACGAAACCUUCGUCAUAUUUAUAUUAUUGGAAUAUCUACUCUACAAUACAAACUCUACAGUGUCGAUAUCAUCAGUCGAAGAAGCACGCAACUCGUAGAAAAGAAUGGUGUUUCGACAGAAAUACAUGACAUUCGCUCCAACGAGUUGAAAAUAAUGCAGAACUAUUCGGCUUUUGUUUUGUAAUUUAUUGCUACGAUGUAAUCCGAUCAUUGAUCUGCAAGUGUAGCAGUACAUGUACAUAUAGCAGAAGUGUGUGUUUGUCGAUGUAUCUUAAUUAACACCAUUUUAUAACUUAUUAAUGUCUGCUGGUUCGGAGAGCACAGAUCACGAACUGGUGUGCUCGCGAUCGCUACGAAUUUUUCUUGAGUUUGGAUAUCGAUCACGUAAUUUGAUGAUGUUCUUACUAUUGUACAUAAGUAUUUUAUUAUUUACAUGCAAUGCGGCAAAUCCUCGGUGUAAAGAUGAAAAUAAUCAAAUUGUCGAUUGGUAUGUGCUUUACAAGUUGCCGAAGAUAUCAGAAAGCAGCAAUCCUAUGAUUAGAAAUGGAACAGCGUAUUUAUAUAUGACCAAUAAUACUGUUGCUAAAGGUUGGCAGUUAUCCACGAAAAAAAUCAGCGCAAAAAAUUCUAUACCAGGAAAUACUUUAGCACCUUUAUACAAUGACCCAAUAGCAUCGAAGACUUUCUGGGUCUUGUACAAUGAUGAUCCGCCUAACAGACCUAUCAAUGCCAAAUAUGGUCAUACCAAAGGCGCUGUGAUGACAAACAAACAAGAGGGUUUCUGGUUAAUACAUAGCGUUCCGAAUUAUCCACCUGUACCCAACAGCGGCAACGAUACAAGACGAAUACGAGUGAAUGAGACUUCGACUUUGGGAAACCGAUCCGAAUAUGAUUAUCCGACAUCCGGAAUGCAUUAUGGACAGAGCUUUUUGUGCAUCUCCGUGGACAAUGAUCAAUUUGAUCUUAUUGGUCGCCAGUUGAUGUAUAAUCAAAUAAUAGCAUAUAGGAGAAACAUCCCCGCUACAUUCGCCGCGAUGUUUCCAGUGCUUACGGACGCGGCUAAUCAGAAGCGUAUCAGACAAGCACCUUUCAUCAGUAAAACGCUGUUAAAAUCAUCUGGCGGUGUUGAAUUCGUAUCAUUUGCUAAGAGUGAUAAGUGGCAGAAAGAUUUGUACGAAGAGUUCGUUGCACCGACGUUAAAAACAGAUUUAUUUGCCGAAACAUGGUUAAACGGACGAGGCAGACUGCCAACGGACUGCAAACAAGUAAAAGUAUACAAUAUUAUAACUAUUAAUUUGGCAUCAGUUAACAUCGAUUUUAAGAGUAGCCGCGAUCAUUCCAAGUGGGCGGUGGCUGUUGAAGGUAAAGCUAAUCGAACCUGGAUUUGCAUAGGUGAUAUUAAUCGAGCAGAUACUCAAUACAUACGAGGCGGUGGAACUGUCUGUUUCAUCAAUCGGAAUGUCUGGAAUAAUUAUCGAAAAGCGGUGAAUGAUGUGGAACCAUGUCCUAAACAAUAUAAGACAAUUUUAGUUUAACGAAUUUAACUUGGACCAAAGAAUAAUAGAUUCUAGAAGAUCUAAUAAUUUUAUUCUUACUGCAUAUACAUUGGGUGCAUUCAGAACGAUAACCGUUUACUAAGCGCUCAAUGAACGAUUGUCAUUCUGAAUGCAUACAUUAUAUAUAAUUGAAAUAUACUAUAAUCAUG